GAUAUCGAUCCGAGCGAUCGCCAUUUGUUUUUCCUCUCGUAUUUGUAGACCGGCCAUUUUACUCGGUCUGAAGAAUGCCCGAAGCUGUCAUGUCUGCUACCAAGUUGGAAACGGCCCCCUUCGACCCCCGUUUUCCCAACACCAACCAGACUAGGUACUGCUACCAAAGCUAUGUAGACUUCCACCGUUGCAGGCGAGUGAAGGGUGAGGACUACGCCCCGUGCGAGUACUUCAGGAAGGUGUACAGGAGCAUGUGCCCAAACGCCUGGAUUGAGAAGUGGGACACUCAAGUGGCCGAAGACCGCUUCCCUGGCAAAUUGUAGAUAAAAAAAAUAAUUGUUGAUUCCCCACUUUGCUUAGUAAAUGAAGAGAUGUAUAUUAAUUAAAACAUUAACUCACGGAGUUUGAAAAUAAAAAUGGUACUUUUCGUUUUAAGUUAA